CUGCGCUGGACGCUGGGGGAAAGCCGAUCAACGAUCGAGAAGGCAACACAUCCGCCAUUCUCUUCUUGUCAAGUGUUUGCUGGAGUACUUUCAUUUCUGUUGAGUCGCUCACACUCCCGGAAGUGAGAGCAGUUGCUUCGUUUUAUUAGCCGCUGGCCUCCUGGCCUGGAGAGUAAACAAGGUCGAAGACUCGGGACCGAUUCAAUCGUCUUUCACAUCUAACCCCACUCACCAUGUCCGCACAACCACCCCCGCCAUUUGGCCAUCAACCACCGCUCUACGGAGCGGCUAGGCCACCCCCACCGAUACCCACCCCAACCUCAGAGCUCUCUGAAGAAAAACUGCAAGAGAAGGCUCGGAAGUGGGCUCAAAUGAACGCCAAGCGAUACGGGGAAAAGCGGAAAUUUGGUUUUGUUGAACCACAGAAGGAAAACAUGCCGCCAGAACACAUUCGGAAGAUCAUCAAGGAUCAUGGGGACAUGUCGAGCAAGAAGUACCGCCAUGACAAGCGCAUUUACCUUGGCGCAUUGAAGUAUGUGCCUCACGCUGUGCUCAAGUUGUUGGAAAACAUGCCGAUGCCUUGGGAACAAGUUCGCGAAGUACCUGUACUCUACCAUGUCACUGGUGCGAUUACAUUCGUCAACGAGGUCCCGUGGGUCAUUGAGCCCGUGUACAUCGCACAGUGGGGCACUAUGUGGAUUAUGAUGCGUCGUGAGAAGCGAGACCGUCGUCACUUCAAGCGGAUGAGAUUUCCGCCGUUCGAUGACGAAGAACCGCCAUUGGACUAUGGUGACAACAUCAUUGACGUCGAGCCGUUGGAAGCCAUCCAAAUGGAGCUGGACGAAGAAGAGGAUGCACCUGUAUAUGAAUGGUUGUAUGAUCACAAACCUUUGAUGGAUACGAAGUUUGUCAACGGCUCAAGCUACAGGAAAUGGAACCUGAAUCUGCCGAUCAUGUCAACCUUGUACCGAUUGGCGCACCAGCUCCUCUCAGACCUGACCGAUAAGAAUUACUUCUACUUAUUUGACUUGAAAUCGUUCUUCACAUCAAAGGCGUUGAAUAUGGCUAUUCCUGGUGGACCGAAAUUUGAGCCGCUCUAUCGUGACAUGGAUGCGGCGGACGAGGAUUGGAAUGAAUUCAACGACAUCAACAAGAUCAUUAUUCGCCAGCCUAUCCGAACCGAAUACAAAAUUGCGUUUCCUUUCUUGUACAAUUCCCUUCCGCGUUCAGUGCAUGUAUCUUGGUAUCACUAUCCCACGGUAGUAUAUGUGAGAACGGAAGAUCCCGACCUUCCCGCUUUCUACUUCGAUCCCAUCAUCAAUCCGAUUUCGUCACGUACCCUCCAAUCGAAUGCGAAGGUGUCGCACGAAGAUGAGAUUUUCGGCGACAAAGAGGAAGAUGAGGAGUUCCGGUUGCCUUCUAGCGUGACCCCCUUCCUACAAGAAACACCUCUAUACACAGACAACACGGCAAACGGCAUUGCGUUGUACUGGGCACCGCAUCCAUUUGAUAAGAGGAGCGGACGCACUCGGCGUGCAAUUGAUGUUCCCUUGGUCAAGAACUGGUAUCUCGAGCACGUUCCAGCGGGACAACCGGUGAAAGUGCGAGUAUCUUACCAAAAACUGCUCAAAUGUUACGUUCUCAAUGCCCUUAAGCACCGGCCUCCGAAGGCGAUGAACAAGAAAUAUCUGUUCAGGCAAUUGAAGGCGACUAAAUUCUUCCAGACAACAGAACUUGACUGGGUAGAAGCCGGUUUGCAGGUCUGCCGUCAAGGGUAUAACAUGCUCAACCUGCUUAUCCACCGUAAAAAUCUGAACUACUUGCACUUGGACUAUAACUUCAAUCUUAAACCAGUGAAAACGCUUACUACGAAGGAGCGCAAAAAAUCCCGUUUCGGUAACGCCUUCCACCUUAUGCGUGAAAUCCUUCGAUUGACGAAGUUGGUGGUCGACUCGCACGUUCAAUAUCGACUGGGUAAUGUCGAUGCGUUCCAGCUGGCCGAUGGUCUACAGUACAUCUUUGCGCACGUUGGGCAACUUACCGGAAUGUAUCGUUACAAGUACCGUUUGAUGCGACAGAUCCGCAUGUGCAAAGAUUUGAAACAUUUAAUAUACUACCGCUUCAAUACGGGACCGGUCGGUAAAGGUCCUGGUUGCGGUUUCUGGGCACCGGGAUGGCGUGUUUGGCUGUUCUUCAUGCGCGGCAUUGUGCCACUACUGGAGCGCUGGUUAGGCAAUCUGUUGGCUCGUCACUUCGAAGGGCGUCAGUCCAAGGGUAUCGCAAAAACAGUGACUAAGCAGCGUGUAGAAUCGCAUUAUGAUUUGGAGCUCCGUGCGGCUGUCAUGCAUGAUAUCCUAGAUAUGAUGCCUGAGGGUAUCAAGGCGAACAAAUCAAGGACCAUUUUGCAGCACUUGAGUGAGGCAUGGCGUUGUUGGAAAGCGAAUAUUCCCUGGAAGGUUCCUGGAUUACCCACCCCAAUUGAGAACAUGAUUUUGCGCUACGUCAAAUCGAAGGCAGAUUGGUGGACCAGUGUCGCCCACUACAACCGCGAACGUAUCCGUCGGGGUGCAACGGUUGAUAAAACCGUGUGUAAGAAAAAUCUUGGACGUUUGACCCGUUUGUGGCUGAAAGCCGAACAAGAGAGGCAGCACAACUACCUAAAAGAUGGUCCAUACAUUACCGCUGAAGAAGCUGUUGCCAUUUACACAACGACCGUUCACUGGCUUGAAUCCCGAAAGUUCUCGCCGAUUCCGUUUCCUCCUCUAUCGUAUAAGCACGACACAAAGCUGCUCAUCUUGGCGCUUGAGCGCUUGAAGGAAGCGUACUCAGUCAAGGGUCGUCUCAACCAAAGCCAGCGUGAAGAGUUGGGUUUGAUCGAACAAGCGUACGAUAAUCCUCACGAAUCUCUCUCACGUAUCAAACGUCUCCUUUUGACGCAGCGCGCUUUCAAGGAAGUUGGAAUUGAGUUCAUGGAUCUGUAUAGUCAUCUGAUCCCCGUUUAUGACGUGGAACCACUAGAGAAGAUCACCGACGCAUACCUCGACCAAUACCUCUGGUAUGAGGCUGAUAAGCGCCAUUUGUUCCCGGCAUGGAUAAAACCGGGUGACUCGGAGCCACCACCGCUACUUGUCUACAAAUGGUGUCAAGGUAUUAACAACCUGACGGAUAUCUGGGAAACAAGUGACGGCGAAUGUAAUGUGAUGAUGGAGACCAAACUGAGCAAAGUGUACGAGAAGAUCGAUCUGACAUUGCUCAAUCGGUUGCUUCGUCUCAUUGUGGACCACAAUAUCGCGGACUACAUGACAGCUAAGAACAAUAUUGUUCUCAACUACAAGGACAUGAACCACGUCAACGCCUAUGGUCUCAUUCGCGGUUUACAGUUCGGAUCCUUUAUUUUCCAGUACUAUGGUCUUAUUUUGGAUCUCCUCAUCUUGGGCUUGCAUCGCGCCAGUGAGAUGGCUGGCCCCCCGGCAGUCCCGAAUGAUUUCCUGCAGUUCCGAGACAUUGCAACGGAAGUUCGUCAUCCAAUCCGACUAUACUCGCGGUACAUCGAUAAAAUCCAUGUUCUAUUCCGCUUCACUGCCGACGAGGCCAGGGAUUUGAUCCAACGGUAUCUGACUGAGCAUCCUGAUCCUAAUAACGAAAACAUCGUCGGGUAUAACAAUAAAAAGUGCUGGCCCCGUGAUUGUCGUAUGCGGCUGAUGAAGCACGAUGUCAAUCUUGGUCGCGCCGUAUUCUGGGAUAUCAAGAAUCGUUUGCCCAGGUCCCUCACGACUAUUGAAUGGGAGGACAGCUUCGUAUCAGUAUACUCUCGAGAUAAUCCAAAUCUGCUAUUCAGCAUGUGUGGGUUCGAGAUUCGUAUUCUGCCAAAGCUCCGUUCCAGUCAUGAAGAGUUCACAUUGAAUGAAGGAGUCUGGAAUUUGAUCAAUGAGUCCACGAAGGAGCGAACUGCCCAGGCUUUCUUGCGAGUGGAUGAGGAGAGUAUGCAGAAGUUCCACAACCGUGUCCGCCAAAUCCUGAUGGCAUCUGGUAGCACCACCUUCACGAAGAUUGUGAAUAAGUGGAAUACUGCUCUGGUUGGGUUGAUGACUUAUUACCGUGAAGCGGUAGUCCAUACUCGGGAGCUAUUGGAUCUUCUUGUAAAAGCAGAAAAUAAGAUUCAAACCCGUAUCAAGAUUGGGUUGAACUCCAAGAUGCCUUCCCGUUUCCCACCUGUGGUCUUUUACACGCCAAAGGAACUGGGCGGACUUGGUAUGUUGUCCAUGGGACAUGUGCUCAUCCCCCAGUCCGACUUGCGGUGGUCGAAACAGACAGAGACCGGUAUAACACAUUUCCGGUCUGGUAUGUCGCAUGAGGAGGAUCAAACGAUUCCGAACUUGUACCGAUACAUUCAACCUUGGGAGUCCGAAUUCAUUGACUCUCAGCGGGUGUGGGCGGAGUAUGCGUUGAAGAGGCAAGAAGCGAAUGCGCAAAAUAGACGAUUGACCCUUGAAGAUCUGGAGGACAGCUGGGAUCGAGGUAUCCCACGUAUCAAUACGCUAUUCCAAAAAGAUCGGCAUACUUUGGCCUACGAUAAGGGCUGGCGUGUGCGGACAGACUUCAAGCAAUAUCAAGUCCUGAAAAAUAACCCGUUCUGGUGGACUCAUCACCGGCAUGAUGGCAAACUUUGGAACUUGAAUAAUUACCGGACAGAUAUGAUCCAAGCACUCGGUGGUGUUGAAGGAAUUUUGGAGCAUACACUCUUCAAGGGUACAUACUUCCCUACUUGGGAAGGUCUGUUCUGGGAAAAGGCAUCAGGUUUCGAGGAGAGCAUGAAAUACAAGAAACUGACCAAUGCGCAACGGUCUGGUUUGAAUCAGAUUCCUAAUCGUCGGUUCACACUUUGGUGGUCCCCUACGAUCAACCGUGCCAAUGUUUAUGUUGGAUUCCAAGUCCAACUUGAUUUGACCGGUAUUUUCAUGCACGGAAAGAUUCCUACCCUCAAGAUCUCUCUCAUCCAGAUCUUCCGUGCCCAUUUGUGGCAGAAGAUUCACGAGUCAGUGGUCAUGGAUCUCUGUCAGGUCUUCGAUCAAGAAUUGGAAGCCCUUGAGAUUGAGACGGUUCAAAAGGAAACUAUUCACCCGCGUAAAUCGUACAAGAUGAACAGUAGUUGCGCGGAUAUUCUACUGUUUGCCGCGUAUAAGUGGAACGUCUCCAAACCUUCAUUGCUCAACGACACGAAGGACUCAUUCGAUGGAGCCACUACCCAAAAGUAUUGGGUUGAUGUGCAACUGCGUUGGGGUGACUUCGAUUCUCACGAUAUCGAACGGUAUUCUCGGGCCAAGUUCCUCGAGUAUACGCUGGACAACAUGUCAAUCUAUCCUUCACCCACGGGUGUCAUGGUUGGCAUCGACUUGGCGUACUCGCUGCACAGUGCCUACGGUAACUGGUUCCCAGGGAUGAAGCCUCUGGUUCAGCAGGCGAUGGCCAAGAUUAUGAAGGCCAACCCAGCUUUAUAUGUACUUCGCGAACGUAUCCGAAAGGGUCUGCAGCUGUACUCUUCUGAGCCUACAGAACCGUACUUGUCGUCUCAGAACUACGGUGAAUUGUUCUCGAACCAAAUUAUCUGGUUCGUGGAUGACACCAACGUAUACCGUGUCACCAUUCACAAGACGUUCGAGGGUAACUUGACGACCAAGCCGAUCAAUGGUGCUAUUUUCAUCUUCAAUCCGCGAACGGGACAGCUCUUCCUUAAGAUCAUUCACACGUCCGUAUGGGCUGGUCAAAAGCGUUUAGGACAAUUGGCCAAGUGGAAGACGGCUGAAGAAGUGGCUGCAUUGAUUCGAUCCCUCCCAGUUGAAGAACAGCCAAAGCAGAUCAUUGUCACUCGAAAGGGUAUGUUGGACCCUCUCGAGGUACAUUGUCUUGCUGCAGGGACGAAGGUCAUGGUCGUCCGAAACGGCUGUUUGCUCAAUGUCAAAGUAGACGAACUUGUCCAAGGCGAUGUAUUGCUUGACGAGCGUGGAGGUGCAACUCGAAUCAAUACCCCCGUCGUCUCAGGCAAUCGCCCACUUCUUCGUGUAUCUGGCCGGACCCAUGGUUUGGUCAGCCAAGAGUACACGGUCACUGAGGGACAUCUACUCUCACUCCGCUGCGAGAGCGAACCUUACGUGUUCACCACCGGUUACCCCUCUGGAACAGUACGCUUCCAGUACGCAGCCUACAAAAAUGAUGGUAGCGUCGAAUGGCAGUCAGCAGAGUUCAAGCACAACAAGGACGGACAGCUCGUGCGGAUUUCGGAGAUGGACCAAGAGGUCGGACUUCCAACGUCCGAGCAAAAGGACAUCAAGAUCCAAAUCCUGGAUUGGUGGAAGCAGCAAGCCGACCGGGUGGAAUUGAGAGCGACUGUCAACAUUACGGCUCUGGAGUACAUGCAUCUUGAUGCGGACCAUCCCCUCAAAACCAAAUUUGGAGGUUAUCGUGGCCGCGUCAACGACGGCUGGCCCGUUGAACUAUCAAGAUCAUCAUCUGGGGUGACUACGGUUUUGGACCCGUACUUCCUUGGUAUAUGGCUUGGAAACGGCAGCACCUCCGCCAACAGCGUGCGGGUCUCUAUUUCUAAAGAUGAUGUGGACAUUGUGGACAAAUUGAGGUCUAUCUUCUUACCUCAAGGAUUUACCAUAAUGGUCGCGGGAGCUAGCACGACCGCCUAUGAUGUGGAUAUCUGCGAUCCGAUAUCUCAGAGCAAUCGUCUCAAAGAUGCCCUGUUUGAGGCCGGCCUGAUAGGAGAGGGCAGCGCCAAGCACAUCCCAGUCGGGUACAUGCACGCCGGGAAGGACGUGCGGCAACGUCUGCUAGCCGGCCUGAUCGAUGCGAAUGGCGUCCAGUCAACUCGUACAGACAAUGGGAGCUUAGAACACGUUAUGCAAGGAAUGGAACAUAUGCCAUCCGAGCAUAUUGAAAGGAUAAUCAAAAACCACCAGCCUCUGAAUGUCUGGAUCUUUGGACAGAGGCAGAUGGAGGAACGCUUGUUCGAGGACGUAGUCCAACUGGCGCGCUCGCUCGAGAUGAUGCAGACCGUCUCACCGGACAAAUUGCCGAAGAGCAACAACACUGACUCUCACAAGCAGAUCAUCCUCAGUGGCUACGAUCAAGAGGAAGUGAGCUCCCACGUCGCACUCAAACACAAACAACUCGGGCCUUAUUGCCUUCUGAAAGGGUUGGAUCAAAAUCGUAUUGCACUGACAGUUGAACGCGCCGAGGCAGGAACGUACUUCCGAUUCAGCGUAGACGGCUAUCAAUCCCGCUUUUUGUUGGCCGAUUGGACCGUGGUUCACAACUGUCUCGACUUCCCGAACAUUGUAAUCAAAGGUUCUGAGCUUCAACUCCCAUUCCAGGCGUGUUUGAAGAUUGAGAAGUUCGGUGAUAUGAUUCUCAAGGCCACAGAGCCUCAGAUGGUCCUCUUUAACCUUUAUGACGACUGGUUGAAAACAAUUUCCAGUUACACAGCCUUUUCCCGAUUGGUGCUGAUUCUUCGUGCUUUGCACGUGAACAACGAGAAGACAAAGAUCGUCCUUCGUCCGGAUAAGUCGGUAGUGACGGAGCCGCAUCAUAUUUGGCCGACUCUGACCGAUGAAGAAUGGAUUAAGGUGGAAGUUCAGUUGAAGGACUUGAUCUUGGCGGACUACGGUAAAAAGAACAACGUCAACGUUGCCUCACUGACAACCUCUGAGGUCCGUGAUAUCAUUCUCGGAAUGGAAAUCUCUGCGCCGUCGCUUCAACGACAACAAAUCGCAGAAAUUGAGAAGCAGACGAAAGACUCUUCUCAGUUGACUGCAGUCACAACUCGAACGCAAAAUAUUCACGGUGACGAGAUGAUUGUCACCACCACAUCGAACUACGAGACUCAGACCUUCUCAUCCAAGACGGAAUGGCGUGUCAGGGCGAUCGCAUCUACCAAUUUGCAUCUGCGUACCAACCAUAUCUACGUGAACUCGGACGAUAUCCGUGAAACCGGCUUCACGUAUAUUUUGCCAAAGAACAUCCUCAAACGGUUUAUCUGCAUUUCCGAUUUGCGAACACAAAUCGCUGGGUAUAUGUACGGUGUCAGUCCACCUGACAAUUCGCAAGUGAAGGAGAUUCGCGCGAUUGUGUUGGUUCCACAAUGGGGUACCCAUCAGCAAGUUCACUUACCCCAUAUGCUACCCGAUCAUGAAUACCUAAAGGAUUACGAGCCUCUGGGAUGGAUUCACACGCAACCAAAUGAGCUACCGCAGCUUAGCCCCCUAGAUGUGACCAUGCACGCCAAGAUCAUGGCGGAUAACAAGGGGUACUGGGAUGGCGACAAAACUGUAAUCAUCACCUGCUCGUUUACUCCAGGUUCCUGCUCGCUGACGGCGUACAAACUCACACCUGGCGGUUUUGAAUGGGGUCGCAACAAUAAGGACAUGGGAGCUAACCCUCAAGGCUACCUUCCAAGCCACUAUGAAAAGGUGCAAAUGCUCCUCAGUGACCGAUUCCUCGGGUUUUUCAUGGUGCCAGAAGGCGAAGGAGUGUGGAACUACAACUUCAUGGGAGCGAAGCACCGGGCUGAUAUGAAAUAUGCUUUGACUAUCGAUACCCCGAAAGAGUUCUACCACGAAGUGCAUCGACCAAGUCACUUCUUGAACUUUAGUGGGUUGGAGGAGACUGGUAUCACGUCUGUAGGGUCUGGAGUUGCGGGUAGUAAUGAAGCGGAUAGGGAGGAUCAGUUUGCAUGAGCAAAUGAUGUACCUGGAUUGGUUGUGAGUGUCUGGUGCUGAGGUAGUCGGGCGAGAGGGAGUUUUACCGUGGGCUGUAUGUUCAAAGUGUAGGGAUACUUGAGGGAUUUUCUCGUUGUUAUAUUUGUACAGAUGGAAUUAAACUUGCUUUGGGCAUUGAACAUUGUCUUUGAUUUUGACCUUGCAUGUGCCCAGUCGUUACGCUUCCUGGCCUGCC